AUGCCUCAUCGUCAGGUUGUCGGAUACGGCAUUAUGAUGGCCCAGGCACUCGAAUACACAGCAGCAGAUCGGAUUUUCUGGUUUGCAAGACCAGUGUUUGAUGUUUCUCAGAGUGACCUUUUCGGCGCCGUAUUUGCUGGAGCAACUCUCGUUAUCACGCCGCAUGCCGACGCCAUGGCCCGCCUCGCCCCGUUGCUUGUCAAAUUACGGAUUACUUCGACCAGUAUCACUCCAUCAAUUGCUUCUUUACUCCGACCGCAGAAUUUUCCACUCAUUCGUUCGCUAUUCCUCGCUGACGAGAUGGCCUCACAAGAGGUCAUCCGACGCUGGUCGGCGGCGGUUCGUGUCAUUAACGGCUAUGGGCCCACCGAAGGUGUGGUGGUCGCAUGGAAGCACAUGAACCCCAGCACCAGUCCGCACUGCAUUGGACGUCCGGCAAUUGGUAUGAAUGUCUUCGUGUUGGAUGCAAAGAUGCGCCAAGUUCCUAUUGGCGUGCGCGGGACAAUCUGGAUUGCGGGACGGCAAUUGUCCCAGGGAUACUUUGGACAGCCUAGCGCGACUGACCAAGUCUUCCGGUCCAAUCUUUUCGGGCAUAGGCUCAUGUACAACACCGAGUUGGCUGAGAUCGAAAGUGCCCUUUCCAAUUAUAGCGUUCAAGUGGCCGUUUUGCUUCUCAAUAGAUCAGGGUGUUUAAAAGAGUUAGUCGCCUUCUUUGCGCAAGAAGAUGAAUCUCGAAAGGAUCGUUCGGUUAUGGCGGCUGAGCUCUUAGCGCAAGCUAACCGACGUCUGCCACCUCACAUGGUGCCUCAGCGCUUGAUCUUCGUGCCUCGUCUGCCAUUGAACGGGAAUGCCAAGGUUGAUACCACAAGCCUUGAACAAGCUUACCUGAAUGGAUCUCUGCCAGAUAUCAGCGCCAAACCCACAAAGUUGUCCCACGCACGGCAGGACUGA